AUGGCAGCCGAGGUCAUGAUGCAGGCUCGCACUGAGCGACUGAGCGCUGAAGACUUUGAGACGGCCUCUAUCCGUUCGGCAGCUCCGUCAUAUGUCUCUGAUGCGCCUUCCUACCAUUCAACUUUACCACCAAACGAGGCCCUUCCUUCAUAUUCGCCGCCCGCCCGCACCGGCAACUCAACACCGACGAAUAAUUCUCGGCAGCCCAUGGUGCCGCCGGCCAACGGCAGCUCGCUCCUAUACGGACCCGGACUCCCUCCGAUCCAUGAUUUACCCCCACGCUCUCGGGCUCCGCAGGUGAACGACUUCCGCAUCCCGACCUGGUCGACGAUGCACUCGAACCCUACGGCCCGUCACUACCAGGCCGUGGCCAACCGGCGGGCCAGCCGCUCCUCUCGGGGCGGUGGGGGUCACGGCCACAGCAACAGCGAUAUGCAGGUGCAGGGAGCACUCCGGGCCGUGCUCGGCCGCCUCAACGAGCAGGAAGAUGAGCGCGAGCGAACGCGGAGCCGACCGCUCGAGGACCCUUACCUCGUGGGCGAGGAAGCUGCUGCUAGAGCGCGGAGAGAGAGGCUUGCACGGGAGACUGGGGACGAUAUCCUGAUUAGAGAGGAUCAGAGGUGGGAUUGGUUUUUGGGCCAGAUUCAGGACUGGGACCAACGACGAGAGAGCUGGCGACAAUUUGAGCAGAGCCGCCGCUCCCGCCGCCGAUGGUAG